UGAGUGAGUGAGACGGUCCAUGCCUGCUUCCUGCGAGUGAUGUGAAGGAAAGAUAAGAUAGAAACGGACGAAGGAACUUCUCCACGACUCCUAUUUCAGCCGGAAACUACUGAAUUUAAGAGCAAGAGUGGACUAGAUCAAAGUCUAUCCUAAAAUGGAAGACUUUUGGAAGAGAGCCAAAACCUUUGCGGAGGAAGCGGCGAAAAAAUCUCAAAGCAUUACGACCUCGACCAAAAUCGCCGAUCUGGUUGCCGAGACUGCUAAGAAGUCUAAAGAACUGGCAUUGGAAGCGUCUAAGAAGGCCGAUGAGAUCAAAACUGCGGCGCUCAAACAAGCCGAUCAGAUCCCUAUCAAGUCCAUCACCGACAUCAUUCCUCCUCAGCUCUCAUCGUUGUCCUCCAUUGCUACAUCAUCAUCAUCUUCUUCUUCUUCUUCGGAUCUCACCGUCUCUGAAUCGGAGCUCCGGAAAUUCGGUGUCACGGAUGAUUUAAAAGAGUUCGUUAGAGGAUUUACUUCUAAUACAUUCCAGAACUUUCCUGUUCAAGAUGAAGCUGAGACCUCUGAUGUGCCUACCACGGCUUCUAAUGUAAGGAAGGAUCUGACCGAGUGGCAAGAGAGACACGCUACGCUUGUUCUCACCACUGUCAAGGCAAUUUCCAAGUUGAGAUAUGAAUUAUGCCCCCGUGUUAUGAAAGAAAGGAAAUUCUGGAAGAUAUAUUUUACGCUUGUUAGCACUCAUGUUGCUCCGUAUGAGAAGCAGUACAUGGAGGAAAUUAAGCUCAAAGCAGAGAAGGAUAUCAAAGAUGAUAAAGUGAAGCCAACUCCAGGGGUUGGAGAUACUGAUAAAUCAGAGGUGGCAGGAAAGAGCUUGAAAAAUAAAACUUCAUCUGCUGAGCAGGACCUGGAUUCAUUUCUUUUGGGAGAUCUCGAAGAUAGUGAUGGAGGUGCAGAUGAUGGUGAUGCAAGCUUUGGUGAUGAUUUUGACAAGAUUGGCAAUUCUGAUGUUGAGGAUGAGAAGCAUCCGGAGAAGGCAGAUGAUGCUACUAAAAGCUAGAGUGGUGCCAGCUCAAGGACUGCAGAUGAGACUAUGAGGGUGAGCUUUGGUGGAGGUAAUAGGUUUGGUUUGUUGGAAAAUAUGCAGAUGAUAUUUACUUUCGGCAAUUCUGUUAAUGUUGACAGAUUAUGGGUGCCUAUUUUCAGUGAAAUAGAGUAAGUUGGAAUUUUAAUGUGCCUUGUAUAGUUGUUAAUUCAAAAUGUUUCAUUGAAUGUUGUAGAAAUUUAUUAUCAAAUUCUCUAAUUUUAUUACCAGAACUCUGUGGAACCA